AACAUAUUAUUGCAAAAGUUUAACAUAAUUAGUAUAAUACGGUAAUUUCGGCAAAGUUGCGAAAAAUACCUACUAUAAUUUGAAAACUGCUUACGUGAGGUGAAUCACUUCACACUAAAAUGCAAAUUUACGUGAAUUGCAAAACGGAAACAGAGGGAGGAAUUCCGGAAUGGGCAAUUAUUGAGCUACAAGGUCUUGUCCAAAUGAAAAAAGAAAACCAAAAUGAACCGACUGUAGUUGGGGAUCUACAUUACUUCAGCAGAAACCGCCAACCGGUUCUUAUACUGGGUCACCAUGUGCUCAAUGGUAAAGAAGUUAAACUGGAACAACCGAUGGCCGUCAUAGAAAAAGCUACCGACGGCGACAAUCACUUCUACAAGGUUAAAGCGAUAGUUAAGAAGAAACUUUUGUUCAAAUCAAGACCUAAACCAAUAAUUUCUAAUGUCAGUGAAAAAGUGUGAAUUAAGAUAAAGUUGAUUAAACGCCUUUGUAUAA